UCCAUUGUUAGAGCGGUCACUCGGCUAUCUUGUCAAUAUAAUAAAUAAUCUUUGCCUUAGGUCAUGCGUAUGAGAGAUCGUCAUCAAAUGUUCCUUUUGAAAUUCUAAACGUGAUUGGCUGCGCUCUGUGAGGCUCGAUUUCACUGACGCGGUUCGUUUGGAACAAUAAAUAGAGCGAACAAGGCUUCUUCACCUCCACAAUUCUGGGAAGACAGAUGAAGAAGUUCUUGCUUCAACAGUGAUUGAACGGAACUCUUCUGCCUUCGUCCCGCACUAUAUACCAUUCUGGAUUGAUAACGUAACACUUGCUUGAACUCUAAUAGCAACAUAGUUUAAGAAACUCUAUUUUUGUACCGUUCAUUUUUAUAUAAAAGAAGAAAAUCUGCCAAAAUGGAGUCUCAGGUCCGUCAGAACUAUCACCGCGACAGCGAAGCUGCUAUCAACCGGAUGAUCAACAUGGAGAUGUUUGCCUCUUACACUUACACUUCAAUGGCUUUCUAUUUCUCCCGUGACGAUGUGGCUCUGCCUGGCUUCGCGCAUUUCUUCAAGGAGAAUAGUGACGAGGAGCGCGAGCACGCCGAGAAGCUGCUUUCCUUCCAGAACAAAAGAGGUGGACGCAUUUUCCUCCAGGACAUCAAGAAGCCAGAUCGUGAUGAGUGGGGCAAUGGGCUGGAGGCCAUGCAGUGUGCUCUGCAGCUGGAGAAGAACGUCAACCAGGCCCUGCUGGACCUGCACAAGAUUGCCUCUGACAAGGUUGACCCUCAUCUGUGUGACUUCCUGGAGUCCCACUACCUGAAUGAGCAGGUGGAGGCCAUUAAGAAGCUGGGCGACCACGUCACCAACCUCACCAAGAUGGAUGCUGUCAACAACAAGAUGGCUGAGUACCUGUUUGACAAGCACACCCUGGGAGGCCAGAGCUAAACCACUUCCACCACCAGGCUACGGCCUCCAGCCUCAGACCAGGACUCCUGGCUUUUCUGCUCUAUUCUGCUGGUUUUGCAUCUGUAAGGAGGGGA